AGAGUGCCCCGCGCGCGGCGGGCAUGAUAACAAACCCCCGGGGCUCCCACGCGGGUGGCUCGGCCGUGUGUAGGCAUCGUGGUGUGUGAGACGGCGGCUGUCUGCGAGCCGGCCGGGGCUAGCGCAUCGUCAACCCGAGCGAUGGCGCUGUUCCGGGCCGUGUGGGGCGUGCUAAGGGCGCUCGGGCGCUCGGGGGCCGAGAUGUGCGCGGGCUGCGGGGGUCGCGUGCCCUCGCCGCUCAGCUUUGUCUGUAUUCCGAAAUGGUUUUCAUCUAACUUGAGUAAUUAUCCAAAGAAACCUAUGAGUUCAUACCUUCGGUUUUCUACAGAACAGCUACCCAGAUUUAAAGCUAAACACCCAGAUGCAAAGCUUUCAGAACUGGUUAGAAAAAUUGCAGCCGCUUGGAGGGAACUACCGGAUGCAGAAAAAAAAGUGUAUGAAGCUGAUUUUAAGGCAGAAUGGAAAGCAUACAAAGAAGCUAUGAGCAAAUUUAAAGACCAGCUAACUCCAAGUCAGUUGGUAUCUUUUGAGAAAGAAGUCAGGCAAAAACGUAUGAAAAAGCAAGCAUUAGUAAAAAAGAAAGAAUUAAUGUUGCUUGGAAAACCAAAAAGACCUCGAUCAGCAUACAACAUUUACGUAUCUGAAAGCUUUCAAGAGGCUACAGAUCAAACUGCUCAGGGAAAACUGAAGACUAUAAAUGAGGCUUGGAAAAAGCUAUCUAGUGAUGAAAAGCAGGCAUACAUUCAGCUUGCUAAAGAUGAUAGAAUCCGUUAUGAUAAUGAAAUGAAGUCUUGGGAAGAGCAAAUGGCAGAAGUUGGACGAAGUGAUCUCAUUCGACGCAAUGUGAAACGAGCAGGAGACAUCACUGAGAAUUAAGACCGAGAUGGAGUUGUCUUCGUGAUUAGGCACAAGAAACCAACGAGGUCUCAGUGCCUUAAUAGUCAAAUAAGAAAGGCUAAGGCUGGUUGACACCGGAUAGUCAGCUCCUUUUUCUGUAGCCCAUGGACCUCUGCCUGUUGAAUACAUUUCUGUUGUUAUAUCAAGCCCUGACUGUGGAAGAUCCUGCAGAGUUGUGCUUUUUGCUUAAGAACUAGAGAUGAGACUGUCCAUGCAUCUGCAUGUAGUGGUGAAUCAUUCUGUGUGUGAUGGAGGUCGAUAGACUGUGAAGUGACUUUUACACUCGUAGCAGAUACAUGUAGUUCUGUGAAGUUUUUACACUGAUGACGGUUACGUGCAAGUGUGUCCCCCUAUGUUCCAGGGUCAGAGCUGCUUUCACAGCUAUGGCAAAGCUAUGACGUAACUGCUUAUUCAAAGGAGCUUCUAGACUCAUUAGAUGAAGUGAUUUCUAGGCAUAAAUCAUGUGUAGAGUUGAUGUUUGUACAUAUAAGUGAUUGUUGACAUCAUAACAGUUUUUUAUAAUAGGAACAAAGAUUUACAGACAAACUUUUCUCAUCUUUUUCUUUUUCCUAAAGUAAAAACUAAGAAAUUAUGUACUAAGUCUAUGCAUAUUGUUUUUAUUGCAUAGAAUAAAAAUUUUAAUUUUCCAAACAUGGUUCCGAAUUAUGUAUUUGAAGAUGAACUAUUUGGUUAACAGUUUUUUUUUUAAAGGUAAGGAUUUUUUUCCCUGAAUUUUUCAUGUGAGAAUGUUCACAGAGCUUGUGUGGUAUAAAUUUUUAAAUGAGAAGUGUGAAAAAACAAGUCUCCAAAGUCAGAGAUCUGAAACAUCGUCCAUGACUGUUCACAGCCUGUGCAGGCUCUCCAGCUGGUGAGCCGGCCAGGUCCAGACACUGACUGACUGCUUUUCAGGGCCUGUUCAUUAAGAAAUGUAGUUACAUUUUAAAUAGGUUUUUAAAAAGAAAACUGUGAAAGUGAAUAUGAUCUUUAGUGUUCAUGAAUAGAAUUUUAUUGGAACACAGCCAUAUGCUUUCUCGGAUUUGUUGUGUAUCGGUGCUCUGCUACAGGGACUAGGCUGGGAAGCCACAGCAUACACAUGUGGCCCUUUGCAGAGAGUUUGCCACCAUGGUUUGUGGCAUGGUGCAAUGUGGCUACUGGGCAUGCAGGGCUCUUUUUCUCAGUUGCCCUGGAUAUUCUCAUCCUAUCUUAGGGUCAUCACUGGGUCACUGUGAUCUGACUGUUCUUAGUGCUAGCAAGGAAAACACUCUUUAGUCUCCAAUAGUGGUUAGUAUAGCACAAAAGGCCACGUUGUAUGGGAGCGAAGCCCUCCUUAAUCUUUACUGUCACCCUUUGAGCUGGCACAUCCCACAAGCCGUCACUCUUCAACAUCUGUUCUCUUUUAGAGAACAAGUAGUUUCAAACCCACAUCACUGAGCAGGUCUCAGAGACACGGGGUAAUAGUUUGUACUCAUGGGUUUUGUGUAUGGAGGAUGCUCAGAGAUUGUGGACUUAGAGCGCCAGAAGACUCAGGUGUUUGUGUUUUGCUUUGUUCAUGGGAAAGUAAGGUUGAAAUCGCUGAACUUGAGGAGGUAGGAACAGAGGAACUUUCAGAAGGGAGAUGGGAGAUUUACAUAUGUUUGAGCUGGGGGUGUACCUCUGGUAGAAAGCUUGCCUAGAAUGUGCAAGGCCUGGGAUUCCAUUCCCAGCACUGCAACCCCCGAUAGAUAAAUAAUAAUCAGAAUUUUGAAGAUGAAUUAAAAAAUAAAAUAAUUUUGCCCGGUGGAUUGGAAUUCAGGCCUGAUUUUCCUUUGGUGAAGUAGAUGGCGUGGGUUUGAAGCUAGAGUAGUUUGGAGAUCCGAGAAGAGACCAGGGUAAGAGUCCUUCCCAAGUGCAAUUCCAGGAGAGACUGUAGCCCUGCAUUCCCAGUGUCUGGAAGGGAACUGAUUUGUGCCGCCCUUAGAAUGGAGACUAGAGUGACUUAGCACUGGCCUUAUGCCUCAGAGCAGCUCAGGAGCAGCAGACACUAGAGUGAUGCAUGGUCAUGGCACUGUUCCCCAGAGCUCUAACCAUGUACCACUUAGCUUCAAAUCCCACCUUCCCGGGUACAGGAAAGAGUGCUCAAAAACCUGCAGCUUAGUCAGGGAAGGGAAUGGGAAACAGGCCUGUUCAUGAUACUCGGUUGAAUUUGGUUUUCCUUGUUUUUAAAAGAAGCUUACUGUUAAUAGCUUUCUAUCCCCCCUUUUUUCCCCUUUAAAGACAGAGUCUCUACCUCUGGCUGUCCUGGAACUCUCUGUAGACCAGGCUGGCCUUGAACUCACAGAAAUCAGCCUGCCUCUGUCUCCCAAGUGCUGAGAUUAAAGACAUGCUCCACCAUAUCUGUCUUCCAUGCCAUGCCUUUUUAAAUUCAGUAAAUAUUGGACUGGCGUACCACAUAGUUGUAAAUAUUGGACUGGCCUACCACAUAGUUGUAUACAUUUUCUCUUGCCAAGGAUGAGAACUCAGCAUCAGUAAUCAGUGGCUGCUCAUAAAAGCCUGUUUUUAGACUUUUUUUUUUUUUUCCAGCAACAAAGCAUUUUCGAAAGGAGCUGAAAAAGUAUUGGGAGGUGCCGGGCGGCAGUAGCACACUCGGGAGGCAGGUGGAUCUCUGAGUUUGAGGCCAGCCUGGUCUACAGAGUGAGAUCCAGGGCGGGCUCCAAAGCUACACAGAGAAACCCUGUCUCAACCAAAAAAGUGCUGGGAGGAGCUGAAGAGAUGAGGUAAAGCUGUGUGCAGCAUUAGGUCCCCACGAAGGGACCUUGUGCUGUGGUGGAGUGGCAGUGUCAGGAUGUCUGAGCAUUGAGGCUUACAAGGACUUGGUGCUAAUUGAAUUUUCUGAUGUUCACCUAACAUUGCUAACAGCCUGCUCCUCUGGCUAACUCCCUUUUUGGCAAUGCCCUUUGUGGUGGUGGUUGGAGUAGGUAUGGCCCCCAUAGCCUCAUGUGUUUGAGUGCUCGGCCCAUAGGGAGUGGCACUAUUGGGGGGGGGGUGGCCUUGUUGGAGGAAGUGUGUUGCUGUGGAGGUGGGCUUUGAGGUCUCAUAUGCUCAAGUCAUGCCCAGUGUGACGACAGUUCACUUGCUGUUGCCUGUGGGUCAAGAUGUAGAACUCUCAGCUCCUCCAGCACCACGUCUACCUGCACGCUGCCAUGCUGCUCACCAUGACAAUAAUGAACUAAACCUCUGAGCUAUAAGCCAGCCCCAGUGAAAUGUUUUCCUUUAUGAGAGUUGCAGAGGUCAUGGUGUCUCUUCACGGCAGUAGAAACCCUGACUAAGACACCCUUAAAAACAUCAAAAAUCCCUAGUUGGUACAAGUGUGUAUUCUGAAUUGGAAAGCUGGUAUUUGUAUAUUUUAAACGGAUUUGGGUAGUGAGAAAGUCUUCCUGGGUUUCCUCAUAUUCGUUGUACCACCAGGGGGUGCUGAAAGAGCAGCUUGAGUGUAGAAGUGAUAGUGCCCAUCAAUUCUGUGUAGCCAUCUUUAUUGUAAGAAUUGUCUCUUCUUCCCCGACAGCAGCCCUCCCUCCUCCUCCUCCUCCUCCUCCUGUUUACUGCACUUGACUCUAGCCUGUCACUGACAUGCUUGAAAAUGGUGUAACAAUGUUUGUAUGUUUUGAAGUAUAAAAAUACAUAUUUUUUAUAAUUAAACUUAAAAUAUAAAAUGAAUUUAUUACUCUGAAUUUGUAAACCUUCCCAAGCAAAAAGUAAAAUUAUGUACAACUGGUAC